CAUUUUCGAAAUCAAACACUGAAAACACCCAAAAAACACGGUCGUUUUAGCGGCUGUGGAAUGCAAACGCAUUCGGGAACGAAAGGAAACUUGACAUGUUGUCAAAAGUAUCAGUUGCUACUAUGGAAGGACAUAAAAAUACAACUGGGGAGUCGUGUAGAGUUAGCUAUGAUACUGAUACUCACUGCCCUAAUGCCCUUGCUGAUUACCAUUGGCACAAAGGUUGCGAAGUCCAUGUUUCCAUCCGAGAUUGAAUUGGAAAAAGCCCCCGGUCCGAAAAAUGUCAACACAAGUUCUUUUAAUGAUUUGUACUUUACACCUGAAAAUGGGAUAGUUGAGCAAAUCAUUGCUGAGCUUGCUCAUAGCAUCAACUGCAAAAAUUUCGUAGGUUAUAGCAGUCUGCGUGAACUUCAUAUAAAAAUGGCACAAAACCAAAAAGCAGUCGGUAUUGCGUUCCCCUAUGAAUGGUUUAGCAUUAGUAACUUCCCGGAUACGAUAAAUUUUACAAUAUACACUCCGGCAUUUAUAAAAAGAAAGGGUUUUAAAUAUUUUGAAUCGGGCUUCUUAUUGAUACAAGAUCAGUUGUCACAGAUAUUCAUUGAAUUCAAGAGCUCCACAUUUAAAAAUAAUUCGAAGGUUAAGAUGAAUCAUUUUCCCUACCCUAGCUAUAUGCCAAGUCACUAUGCGGAAUCGACAAAAUUCAUGACAUACAUGAUGUUAGUAUCGUUUUUUUACCCCUGCAUAACAAUUGCCCAGAACAUCGUAGCGGAAAAAGAGCGCCAGCAAAAGGCUAUUCUGAACACCAUGGGGUUUAAAAACUCUAUUCAUUGGUUGGCCUGGUAUACAAAAUCGAUGAUACUCCUUAUGCUAUGCUUGUUGAUUAUAAUAAUUAUUUUUGCCAUCGGAUCGAUUUAUGAAUUCAGCAACCUGAUUUGCCUUAUCAUUGUACUUAUAGUGUAUAUCCAUUCACUCGUAUUCUUCGCCUUCUUCGUAAGCUCUUUUUGCUUCAAAAGUUCUUGGGCUGCUCUGGCCACACUUUUGCUAUACCUCGCAACGGGCAUUCCCUUUGUUAUUGUGGGUGCGCAAAGAUCGAGUCUUGCCUCUCAAGUGGCAGCUUCUUUGGGUCUUAACUCUGCUCUGUUCUAUAUUUUGGAUUCCGUGGCCACAAUGGAACUGCAAGCGGUGGGAGUCCAGUGGCAUACCAUGGCCAAAACAGCAUCCUAUGGCCAUAAGUUAAGUAUAGUCGCCUACAUGCUUAUAAUGUUCGCAGUUAGCUGGAUCGAGAUGAUCAUCUGCUUGUAUAUAGAGGGUGUGCGACCCGGCGAGUUUGGAGUUCCCCAGGCAUGGUACUAUCCAUGCCAAAAGCGAUACUGGUGUCCUCGGCGAUAUGUACCAUCUGUUUUCUACGAAGAACCUAUUUUGCCCAUGUCGUCCAAGAAUAAUAGUUUCUCUUUUACGAGUCCACCGCGACCAACCUGGAUUAAUCCUCAUGAUCGAGGCCAAACUGACAGUCAGAAGUCAUCGAAAUACCAAAGAAUUAACGUCGAGGUAAGAAAUAUCAGCAAGACAUUUGGAUAUCGCGAGGUUGUAAAGGAUGUAUCCUUUAAUAUGUACGAGAAUGAGAUCACUGCCUUGCUGGGGCACAAUGGGGCUGGAAAGACCACCAUCAUACUGAUGCUCUGCGGUAUAUUGCCACCCACCUACGGAUCAAUGAUAAUCAAUGGAUUUGACAUUUUUUCAGAUCGCAGAUUUGUAAAAACUAACUUGGGCAUCUGUCCGCAGCAUAGUGUGCUUUUUAAGGGCCUCAGUGUGAAGGAUCAUAUUUACUUUUUCAGUCGCGUGAAGGGCUACCAAAAAACAGAGGCUAGGAUGGAAUCUGAUUUAUACAUCGGCAAACUAAACUUGGUGAACUGUAGAAAACGUGAUGCCCUAAAACUAUCUGGUGGCAAUCAGCGGAGAUUGUCUUUGGCCUGCGCUCUUUGCGGAGGUUCCAAAAUAAUACUCUGCGAUGAGCCAUCUACGGGUUUGGAUCCCAGGGGGCGCCAUGAUUUCUGGCGUCUAUUGCAGAAGGAGAAACUUGGUCGCACCGUCCUGAUGACUACACAUCUCGUCGAGGAGGUUGAGAUCCUUGGCGAUCGCAUCGGCAUCAUGACCGAAGGACAACUGCGGUGCUACGGUCCUUUGGGAUUCCUUAAACAGUCGCACAACACCAGCUACACACUCUCCUGCGAAAUGGCUCCCAAAGCCAAUGUGGAUAGGGUGACGGAGCUGGUAAAACGCUAUGUGAGCACGGCCACAUUUGUAAUACGGGGUUCGGAUGUUAACUAUAAGCUGCCACGAAACAAGAUUGACAAAUUUUCGGAUUUGUUUCGUCAACUGGAGAACAAUAAAACGACCCUUGAUAUCAUUAGCUAUGGCUUGAUGGAUACCGGUCUGGAGGAGAUCAUACUAAAUCUGGACUCGAACCAAGAGCCACGCUUUAGGGGUGGAUCAGAUGAAGAUGAAAAAGAAAAAGUAGAUUCUGGAACCCAAACUAUGUAUUCGGCCCUAGCAAAAACAAGAGGAGCGCCACAACCACAGGCAGAGAUACAACUAACCGAUUAUAAAAAGAAAGAGAAGAAACCGAAAAAGAAACCAGAACGGGAAAAAAAGCCAGAGCCGGAAGAGUCCAGAAAGCCUCCAGAAUUGAAGCCGAAACCAUUUGAAAGACUUAGGGUAUUGCCCAGAAGAAAAGGGACCUGCAUGAGCAAAUGGCGCGCCAUGAUGAUCAAGAAGGCCCAUCACACAUCCUCUCAUGUUCUCAUGUUUGUUUUAAUCCUGAUCAUACCACUUAUAUAUUUUUUCUUAGUCAUUGUGACCGGCGGUUUGGAAAAGAUAGCCAGAUAUCAAUAAUACCCACUGUUCCCAUUGUCAUUGGACUAUUAUAACUAUGAUGAGAUGAUCAUCUUACUCGAAGUGAAUAAGGGUUUAAAUGAAGAAAGAGGGAAAGCCUACGAGGAAUCGGUUGGAGCAGCUGCAACGGUUCGAGAGGUAGACUCAGUUUUUUCGUACCUUUUCGAAGCACCACCAAUAGUUCGCCGCGAUAUAAAGCGAAGAUUUGUAUGUGGUGCUUCCUUUAAUGACUCCUCAGUAGUCACAGCAUGGUUUAAUAGCGAUGCCUUUGAACACUCGGCACCCAUUGCAUUGAAUCUGGUUUAUAAUGCCCUGGGAAAGGUGGAGAUUGGCAGCAGUUUCAACAUUUAUGUAAGCAGAGGUCAAAUCGAAGAUUUCGUUGUGAAACACAAAACAAACACUAAGGCAUGGGUAAAGCAUAGGUCAAAACGACAGGAUGAUGUUGAUUAUGAGGAUUAUACAGACAACGAAAUUCAAGAAAGUGACGAUUAUAUCCUAACUGAAAAACCACCGAUGGGUCCAGCUGAUACUGAUUAUGAGAGACCGGCUCCUAAGCCUGACUUAACAUCUCAUAUGCCUAUUUCAGAAUCAUCACUAGUAUUAUAUAAUGAAAAGGAUAAAAUGUAUCUUAUCUUUGGUGCCAUUAUUAUAAUAACAGCAUAUCUUGCCUUAGCCCUAAGUAUUUUUAGCUUGUUGGUGACGGAGGAACGUGUAAAGAAAAUAAAAUGGCUACAUGAAAUACAAGGAUUGCCUCCGUCAUUCUUUUGGUUGUCCCACUUCGCUUGGGAUUUACUGAUUUUUUCUAUCUUUAUGCUGGCCCUAUCCCUUGCUCUAUUCAAGGCUACAAUCUGGUACCAUGUCUUAAUCAUGCUUCUACUUAUUGGUUUCGCCUGCUUGCCUUUUGUAUAUGUAUGUAGUUUGAUGUUCAGAAAGCCAACCACUGCGUUCUCUAUGAAUUUUACGAUUAUAGUGUUUACGGGUGGAAUACUAUUUUGCGCUCUCUACUUAUUAAGAUCAGCUUUUGGUAGCAGCUUAUUUGUAAUUUUUCCAAUGUACGUUGGUGCCUUUGGCCUUUUUAAAUGUCUUUCAUGGCGUGAAUAUUGCGAACGAGAAAUACUUCCUCCGAUCGAUCAGCUUGAAUGCAAUUUCGGAAGCUGUAAUGUAUUCUGCGCAUGCAAACCGGAAAAUAAUUGGAUAGAGGUUUGGCUACUGCUAAUUCAUGGCUUUGUCUGGGUUUUCUUUCUGUGGUUUUCGUCGUAUGCACGCGAUCUUAUCCACAUUUUCACAUAUAGGAAGUCAAACAGAAAUUGGAAUUAUUUCGACAAAGACAACAGGGUGCUCGACGAGGAAAGAAGAGUGGCCCUAAUACCGAGCUACGAGCACGAGGAAUAUCCACUUAUUGUGGAUCAGGUCCAAAAGAAUUACUUACGCACCAAAGCCGUCAGAUUAGUGUCAUUCGCGAUAAAACCCGGUGAGUGUUUCGGCCUUUUGGGAUCCAAGGGAGCGGGAAAGACAUCCGUUUUCCGGAUGAUCGUGGGCGAGACCAGGAUGUCGGCUGGUAAUAUCUACGUAAAGGGCAAUAGCUUGCGGGAACACAGGAAUGUUGCCAAGAAGGAAAUGGGCUACUGUCCUCAGUUCGAUACUCUUCAUGGCUUUCUCACCGGCCGUCAAACACUCAAGAUCUAUUGCCUGCUAAUGGGAGUGCCGAAAUAUGAUAUCAAGCUGGUCUCAGAGCAGCUGGCCUACGACUUUGGUUUCUAUAACCAACUGGACCAGAAAAUCAAUACAUAUAGUGGCGGGACUAGGAGAAAACUGAACGUAGCCCUAGCUGUCAAUGGCGGGUCGGUGAUUGUUCUGGAUGAGCCCAAUAAUGAUGUCGAUCCCACGACCCGAAACUUUUUGUCGCAUAAGAUUGAGAGCGUGUGCAAGGGUGGUAGAGCCGUACUUUUGACCACCAACAGCAUAGAUGAGGUGAACGCCAUGUGUUCGAGGGUCGGAUUCUUGGUAGCCGGCGAGAUGAGCUGCAUCGGGUCGUUUCAAUCGGUGCGAUCAGAAGUUACUCAUAUCAAUGUGCUAAGGGUUAAAUUCAAGUCCAAGCCAGAAGAACAAAAGAAAGACAUUAAGAAAUUCAAGGCUGAUAUGCAAAGGCUCUUUCCUAUGGCAAAGUUACAGGAAACACUGGACAAUUAUCUUAGAUAUCACAUCCAUAAGAAUUCUGCAACAUUGUCCAGCCUGUUUUACCAAAUGGAACUAAAACGGAACGAAGGAAAGUUGGAAGACUACUCAAUAUCUCAGGCUUCUUUGGACCAGAUUUUAAUGGAACUAAAUGACGUGGAUUCUGUGGUGCUCGUAGACUCAGAUACUUCUGAAGAUUCUGACGAGGAUAAAGAAACAAAUACCGUCAGCAGAAAGCCAAGUCAAAAGAACGUGGUUAAAGAGAAAGCAAAGGAAGAUGCCAAAAAUAAAGAAAAAACCGAACAGAAAAGAAAAAAAGAAGAAAACAAAAAGAAGGGAAAUAAAAAAAGUGAAAAGCCCAUAAAGAAAAGACCACCAACAUCCUCUGAAAGUACUGAUAGUGAUGAAUUCGUUCCAGAAAAGAGUGAAGAACCAAAGAGAUGGUUUUAAAAUUGGGAUAUGAAAACCAACCUCUAAGGAUUUCCUCUAAAACAAAGUGUCGGGAAGCGGAGCAGUCGACCGUAUUUGUAUUCAUUAAGGAAUUUCCGCAAGUUUUCCUGCGUUUCUUUUUUCUUCAUCCUUUUGGUUCUGCACUUUGACUUUUUGGUGUGCCCGGCUGCGUUCCGAGGGCAACGGUUGAUUAAAAUGUCAAAUGCCUUGCAUAUUUUAAAUGCCUUCGUGUCAACCCCAGAGGAAAAUUCAUCCCAAAAUUGUGGCUCAAAUUGAAAGCCACCAAGGACCUUACAACGGGGCAAUUAAGGAUGAGAAGGCCUCAGCAGUAACCAAGGACGAAUCCCUUAUUAUAAGAAUUGCGCAUGUUUAGAUGUUAGGUGUUUAAGCAUUACAUUCCUGGAUAUAAUUUGUACUAAUAUUUCGUUUCUAAAUUGGUAGGGAUAUUUAUGUAAUACUUUUAAAGUCAAAAACGUAUCAUAAAAAAAAUGAUUAAUACUGUGAAAAAGGUGAAUGGAAUAAUAAUAAUAUUUAAGACAACGGCUUUGCCAAUUGCCUGAUUUAGUCCAUUUUUGUACCCUUUCCU